AUGAGUUUCCGCGAAGAGGACAAUCAGAGGAACUGCCCUAGCCGCGGUUUAGGCCUCGCCGCCGCGGCUAUAGGCGUCGGAGUUGGCGCGGCUUUGUACUACUUCUUUAGCAAACGGCCUGAACACCCGACAGCAUCCGGCUCAACUUCCGAAGCAUGGCACUGCGAAACCGACCGAGCUUUCUUAGAGGAGAACAAUUCUGAUGAUUAUAGCACGAUAUCCGAGCAUAGCACCACAGAUACUAGCAUUAACGAAGACAAUGAAAACUUUUGCACCUGCAAUAACAAUUCCGAAGACUCCGACUCAGAAACUGAGUACAGCGAGACUGAUAGUAGUCAGACGAGCAUUGAAUCAAGUGUCUCAUCCGAAGAAUCCGAUCGAUCAUACGAUUCUAACGUUGAUACAAGCGAUUUAAUGACACGAUUAAACGAUGUCAUAGAUAGUGCUUUGUCAAGUGAGUCAUCGGGACUUGUGGAAUGGGAUGUCACAUCGACACUCGAUGUUCCAUCGUUCGCACCGACAUAUAGUAAUCAAUUAAACAGUUUUCUAUCUAGUAUUUUCUCUCCUAGGCGGUCUAGCAGUCGUGAACGUUCAAGAACCGAGGAGCAGUGUUCAAUAUGCUUUGACAUGAUACAACCGAGCCAGGAGUGCAUGGCCCUACCGUGUACACACUUCUUCCACACAACAUGCAUCCUGCCGUGGCUUGAGCAGCAGCAGACCUGCCCCAACUGCCGGAAAAAUAUUGAUUGA